UGUGCGGGGAAAGAGGGGCGCGGCAUGGAGGCGCUACAGAGAGCUUACAAUGUCUGGAUUUGACAACUUGAAUACAGAAUUCUACCAAACAAGUUACAGCAUUGAUGAUAAAGCACAGUCGUAUGAUUAUGGAGGAGGAACAUACAGCAAACAAUAUGCUGGCUAUGACUAUUCUCAGUCAAGUGGAUAUGUUCCUCCAGAGAUGAUGCAGCAACAACAGCCUUACACUAGUCAAAUAUUCCAGCCAUCACCAUCUUACACUCCAUCCUCACCACAGUCUUUCUAUGGAAGCAGUUUUAAAGAUGAGCCACCCUUAUUAGAAGAACUUGGGAUCAAUUUUGACCAUAUCUGGCAGAAGACCCUGGCAGUACUGCACCCUUUGAAAGUAGCAGAUGGCAGCAUCAUGAAUGAAACCGACUUGGCAGGGCCAAUGGUAUUUUGCUUAGCCUUUGGUUCCACCUUAUUGCUGGCUGGCAAAAUUCAGUUUGGCUACGUGUAUGGGAUUAGUGCAAUUGGGUGCUUAGGAAUGUUCUGUCUCCUGAAUUUAAUGAGCAUGACGGGUGUUUCAUUUGGCUGUGUUGCCAGUGUCCUAGGAUACUGCCUCCUUCCUAUGAUAAUUCUCUCCAGCUUCGCAGUGGUAUUUUCUUUACAGGGCAUGAUGGGAAUAGUUCUUGCUGCUGGAAUUAUUGGCUGGUGUAGUUUUUCAGCUUCCAAAAUCUUCAUUUCCGCCUUGGCAAUGCAAGGACAGCAACUAUUAGUAGCCUAUCCAUGUGCUUUAUUAUAUGGAGUCUUUGCCCUCAUUUCUGUGUUUUGAGCUUGGUAUCUUUAUUACUGGACUGAAGUG